UAGGGCUAAAAACAGCCUGGCUGUUUGUGCGUGUGUGUGGGGGGCGGGGGGUCGGACUUUCCACUGAGCAGCAGGAGGGGCUUUUAGGCUUUAAAAGAGGAUGACUGCACUGUUAAGACAACAACAGCGAGAUCUGGGACUUGUCUGCACCGUUCGUCUCUUGUUGGUCUUGUCUCUCUAUCCGGAAGAGUACCCGUUCAGAUUCAGAAAUGGGGCUUCGCUCAGACCCAGACGGCCUCCAAAAUCAAGGUGGGAGAUCUGCAGGUGGAGAAGGAUGGUUCAGAGGAGCACUGCAGAGGAUUUUGAGACAACCCACACCUAAUGAUGGUGGUGUAAACAAUCACUCUGCCACUGAUGGAAACCAGUCACCAAAUAAUGAAAAUCUUGAUGCAGUAAACCUCACAUUUGAGCAGCUUCUGGAGGAAAAGCACUUUUACGAGGCCAGCCUGCUGCUUACAAGCAGAGAGAAUCAUCUGUUUGGGGAGCUAACUGAGGAAGUGUCACUUCAACUUCACAAGGAUGAGAUAGAUAAACUUGCUGCAGACCGUCGUGACCUGCAAACGCUUGUCCUGCAGACUGUGCAGCAGACUCUGCAACUCAGCCUGCAAGACAUCAACAGUGAGGCAGCUGCUUCCCCUCUGACAACUUUAACAUCUGCUGUGAAUGCCAUAUAUCAGCAGGAAGAGCAGGACCAGCUGUGGAAGCAUAUAAAGUGUCGGUGUCCCAGCAACUGGAAGAAACUCCACGACUCAACACUUCGUGCUUUGGUAGCAAGCCGGAUGGAUGCGCCAUCAGCAGACCCUGCUGGCCUUGGAGAGCAGUCAUCUCUCCAGUUAGACAUCCACUGCAUGGGCAGGCAACUGAAGGAGGACCUACUGCUGGUGGUCAACACGGUGAGGAGAUGCUACCCACCAGAGGCGGACAUCUGUCAUUUUUAUGCUUUGCUGUAUCACCAAACCUUCAGCGCCAGACUCAAGAAGAUCGCAGACUUUGUUCUGGACGAUAAGGACUGCACUUUCCUCUUGCGCUGGGUGAACGACUACUAUCCAGGGAUCCUUGAAAAGCCAGAACUGGCCAGUGAUAUCAACUCUGCAGCACUUGGAAAGCUGCUGCCUAAAGAAUUACUGGAACCUCUGGAGGAGCAGUACCUGAGCAAGCAAAAGGACGAGCUGGCAACUUAUAUGGGCCGAGUCCUGGAGGAAGAAAGAAAAAAAUGGAAUAAAGGACACAAACCUUCAGGAGAUGACAGCUGCGACUUAAAUCCUCUGGCCUAUGACAUCAUUCAGUUCAUCAAUGGUAUGGUGACAGCAGGAAAUGUUGUCACAGGAAGCCUGGACAAAGCCCAAAGGAUCACAUGGCCUCUCACAGAUUUAGUACAGAGAUUCAAAGCUUUUCAAGAAGAUAUCAUCAUGCAGAACAGACCGAACAGCAAAGCAUACAUCAAAGCAAACCUGGGCAGUAUUGAACAGUUCAGGGAUGUCAUCCAAAGAAAAGAAGAUCUGUUCCCAAAGAAAGUGCAGAGAACCUGUCUGACUGUUUUGACUGAGAUGAAGCAAUCUGCCCAUAUGUACUUAUUAAGCCCUGUGCACAAACUUCUCAAGCCACAGUACCGGAAGCUGGGAACCAGUGACUGGCUGAAGAAGAAUGUGUUUGACAAGCUGCUGGACAGCAUCGAACAAGAGCUUCAGGAACUUCAAUGUCCAGCUAAGUCCAGUCAUCAGGAGCUGAUUGGCCUAUUUCACCAGGAAGUGACACAAGAGUAUGUCAAGAGGCUCCUGAGGGUAGAAGUAAAACUGAAGGACAAGGAACAGCAGCAGGCGGCUUGCACGAUUAUGAUGGACAAUGCAGAGAGUUUGCACACGCUGUUCACCAGAAUGGGAUCAAAGGAGGAUUGGCUAAAGGAAAUCCUCAUCAAGAUUGCAGAAGUGUUGAAACUCCAAGAUAUCCCUGCCAUACAGGUGCAAAUGGUUUCUCUGGGAUCUGCUUAUCCUGACCUCAGAGAAAAACAUGUUUCGGCUCUCCUCAAACUGAAGACAAACAUUUCCAAAGGUGACAGGAAAACCAUCAAAGAAACUCUUUCAGACAUUCUGAAACAAACCAGCGCUGGCACCGUCAGCCGUCAGCCAUUUUUCUCCAAAAUUGAGGUCAAAUGAGCCGCAGACUUUUCUCAAGUUUAACCAUUUAAACACUGUCUGAGAGCUUGGAUGUACAGAAUCAUGUAAUAUAGCUUUUUGAAUGUGUGCUUAACACUGGUGCUUUCAGUGCAUCUGUUUAAAGAUGCAAAGCUGGAAAUAUAAUUGAGGGAAUUAAAAAACAAGUC